AUGUUCGCUUUCGCGGUCUUGGUCGGCGCGAUGUUUGCGUCGGAAUCCGUCUGCACGCGGGACGUCAACUCGGCCAUGUACAUGUACUUGGCCAACCAUUUGACUCCGCAAGAGUGUCCGAAACUCGCUGCUCAUUUGUAUGCCGCGGGCCUUGAAUCGCCCGCAGCCAAAGAACUCGGUAAAUUAUAUAACAUAAACGGCCGUCGCCGUUCGUGAACACCAACUGCGGCAGAUUUCACGCACGGUCGUUCGAAUACUAAUCGGCCACUUUACGAAUGGUAUAGGAGCGGCACGGUACGAUCUCACGCUCUGAACGAUUUUAAUUGCAUAGUUUACAUGAUAUUAGCCGAUAGUUUUUUUUUUUUUUUUUUUUUCUCCCCUUUUACAAUUUAAUCGGAUUCCGUCCGUAUUCCGCGUGUGCAAUUGGUACCGUCGUAUUAUAAUUGUAUAGGAUUAUCGUUGCGUUUCACGAACCGACAGUUGUGCAUACGCACGGACGGUUUUGUUGUCGAUUAAUAAAUCCUAAACCCCGAACGGAACGGGGAAUGUAUUAGUUUUACAACGGUGUUUUUUUUUUCUCUCCGUUUUUCUAUACUGCGUACGAAAAUUUUACCAGAAAUAUAAAUAAUACGAUUUUCUGUACGUUCGCCGUUUAGACGAAAACUGAAACGUGCAUUCACACGCAAUACCUACCUGCCGUUUUAAAUCGCGAUUCCCUGAACUUGCAUAGUGGGAAAAAAUUGAUAUUUUGUCCAAACCACAACAGUUUACAAAUCACUGGUGAAAUACUAAAAUCAAUUAUUCCGGGAAACUCCGGGGAAGCACCUCCCAGCAAACCCCCCCCCACGGACAGAAGGCAUUGGACGAUUGAAAUACUGAGCUCGGUUCAUAAGGCAUGCAAACGGAUCGUGCGCGUUUUACGAGAAAUAUUUUGUUCGACACAAUUACAAUUGGGUAUUAAUUUUUGUUUUUUUGACAUACCAAUUUAAUAUGUUUUUGAGGGCUGGGUGUAACUUUGUAAACAUGUUUACGCGUUACCACGACGACAACAGAGACCGAUAGAGAUUCCGCUCGGGCCGUAGACUUAUACACCGCAUUUUAUCGCGUAUACUAGCCCUACACCGCCCUUACGACCACCCAAACAGCCCAAACACGCCAUCUAACCGUGGAGAAUGGAGGUAAAGUGGAAAUGAAAGCAGUCGAACGGCGGGGGACUGGUGAACAUAGCGACGGUGCUGUAACCCACGUGAUACUAAUUACGGCCACGAAUUAACGUAUACGUCUUAAUUCGCGAUUACGGCAUUACGCGCGAUGAGUAAGCGAUAAGAGAUAAUUCUAUUAUUCGUCCGUUAGACUGACAUUAUUAUUCAUCACGCCGUCGCCAGAGACCCCAAAGGGCAAAAACACGCAAUAAAAUUUACGAUUUUUGUUUUCAAUUCACGUUAAAAAUGUAUAAAUAAUUUAAUAACACAUAUUUUUUAAGGAUUCGCAAUUUAUUAAAAACAUCGUUUUAAAAGUUAUACAUAUUGAAAAAACGUAUACAUUACUAUUAACUUACGGACUAUUAGUGUGAAACGGACAAUUUAUUAGUAAUCUUUUGUCGAGUCAACGAAUCGAGCAAUUCGCCCGGCCGUUUCACGAAAAUGGCAAAAAAAUUAUAAGUUUCAUAAAUUGGACAAAUUCACGAAUUCUAGGGUUAUCAGUAUUCGGGAAGGAACUAAGUUUGGAACGCGUUCUUUUUCAAACACAGGAACGUGAAUUUCCGUAAAUCGAUAUGUGCACUUAUAUUGAAACAAAAAAAAUUAAAAAAAAAAAAAAAAACCCGUCGAUAUUUUAACGAGUUGUAAAAAUUGUCAAUUUCCGCGUACAUAGAACGAGACUUGCCUACGGACGAGCCGUGUUUGUCGUUACUGACCACGUGGAACGAUAGCGCCGGUAAAGAGAAAAGCUUUAUAGCCGUGACGGACGGCCUGAGGAAGAUCGGGCGCGAAAAAUUGGCCGAGUGGUUGUCGGACACGAUAUUCACGCAGUUGUCUGUGGAAUUGGAUAAUUAUUUUCUUGUUAGGGACGUGAGGACAGCGGCGAAACCGCCGUCCACAACAAUUCGUUCGAAAUCGAAUCAAAAGUGAGUUGAAAAAGGAGAUUAAAUACGACGAAAACGCACGAGAUAAACCGUCUGUACUAAAGACUUGACUUUAAACUACUUGAAAAAUCGUCAAAAGUAAAUAACAAACGACGAUUAAUUUAAAUUUGUUAUUAUUAUUUUGACAGAAUCGAAAGUUGUUUGUUCGAAAAAUCAUUUUUAUUUUUAUUAUUCGAUACGUUCUGUAUGUAUUUCAUUUUGAUGACAAUCGCUGUAUUAGUAUUCUAUUCAUUGACCUGGUCGGUUCGCAUCGUAAAAGAAAGCAAAAACACUCAAAGCAAGUAUAAGUAAACAUUUGUAGAAACUCAAAAUAGUACCUAUCUAAUAUGUAUUAUGUAAUAUAUAAUUAAUAAUAGUAACAAGAUACCUGAUAAAUAAUUAUCAAUCAUUAUUUAAUGUAUUACAAUAUUUUAAUACUUAAAAUAUUUUAAUAAAUAUGAAUGUAGGUAAGUUAAGUAGAUAUAUGAUUAUUAAAAUUUAAAAGUACAAUUUUUAGGUAUUUUAGAGAUUUUAAUUUAUUUUAUUUUAACCUCAUGUUUAAAUAAUUUUAUUCAAAAUCAAAAACCAUACUAUCUAAAAAGUGAACAAAAUGUAUAGAAAUAAUUAUGAGACGUCCACCUUUUUCCCCCCAAUUUAACAAAUAGCAAUGGAGAAUCUGUUUUAAUUCUCUACUGCUUCCUUUGUUAACUUAUAAUUAAUUGUUAAUAAAAAUCUUGAUUUUCCUUUGACAGAACAGGCUCACAUAAAUACAAUAAAUAAAUCAAAUACUACAAUCCUAUAAGGAUGACAUCCCACAGCAUCCAUAACAGAAAUCUAGCUUAUUUAAUUUGAUAAGUCACAUAAGUCACAUUGAUUCAGGAGUUUAGGAGGUAUGAUAGAAUAAACAUUCAAAUUUUAUAUAAAAUCAAAACACUUCACCCUUUUUGAAAUCGGGUAAUAAGAGUACAAAUAAAUAGUAAAAGAUUUAAGAAUUAUGGCAUUUUACAAAUUGUUCACUCACAAUUAUUAACAAAUAGUUCAAUCAGUUUUAAUUUCUAUCUUGAGGACUGUGGGACCUGCCCAUGACUGGUUUACAAAAAAAAAUACCAUGCCUCAGAUUUUUUUUUUUAAUUUUUUUUUUUAUGAUGGUUUCUUUAUGCAUUGGAGAUAGCACUUUGAUUUUCAAAUAUGUAACCUGAAACUAUAAAAAAAAAAAUGCAUUAAAAAUAAUUAUGCAAAUUGGACAUAUUCAAGUUCUAAAUUAUAGUGUUUAGCAAAUAUAAUGUUCAAAAUACAAUGUACCCCUUGUUAAGUUUUUCUUUAACCAAAAAAAAAAAAAAAUAAAAUAAUCAAAAUCAGUUAACAGUUUUACAUUAGUUUUUACUGUAGUGAAUGUUUUUGAGGGAAAAAACAGGUCAAGCUCAGACCAUAAUAUAAUUAUUCAUCAUAAAGCAGAUAUUAUUAAUAAUACAAAUUUAUUUUAUAUCAUUUUAAUUUUUCAGUGCCUAAGAGGAAAUACAAGAUUCUAGAAGUUGGCAAUCUGCCCCAAGAUUUAGAGUCUGAUGACGACAUUUUGGAUUUGUUUUGUUAA